ACGUGCCACCAUAUAAAUGUAUAAAAUGUAUAAAAAUUUUAAUCGUCUAUUUUUUACUUUUGUACCUGAUGUUUGUUUGAUUCACCCGUAAAAUUAGUAAACCUGUUUCAAACCUGCUUCGUUUUAAUUUUUUUAAAUAAAUGUAAGAAUGUUUUAUUUAAGCCAUAACAAAUAAAUGAAACAUGUAGAUCGCAUACCAAAGCAGAAUUUGACUCUUGGAGAUCAAAUUGGCUACAUAGAUCACAUACCAAAGUAGCACCUAACAUAGAUAUAAAAGUCUUUCUGUCUACAGUAUGUGUACCACUUGGAAAUGCCUCAGCCAGCAACAGAUACUCUAAGUGUUAUGUAGAAAAUAUAUCUGCAUUGAAUAUUUCCUACACAUAUAAACAGAAUCCCAUGAGAUGGAUAUCAUAAGACAGGAAAUUGAACCAUUAUAGACUAUAUCCACAGACAUCAGUUUUGAGAGAUUUCUUCAGAGUUAAUAUGGAGGAUGGUAAUCACUCGGACACUUCUAACACAAACGUUUCUGACAGUGUAGAUUCAGUUAAACAGGCGUCUGGUAGUGAGAAGCCACUGUCUCAUAAACGAAGUUCAUUACAGAAAAAUAUUCAUUGUGAAAUUUGCGGGAACUUAUAUACUUACAGGUCUCAACUUAUUGUUCAUAAACGUAGUCACACCGGGGAGAAACCAUCCCACUGUGACACGUGUGGAAAAUCAUUUGUGAAUAAUAGUUCACUGACGAAUCAUAAAAAAAUUCACGACGGAGAAAGGCAAUACCACUGUGAAAUAUAUGAGAAACCAUUUGUCAAUAAUGGUUAUUUAAGAAUUCAGAAAAGAAAGCUCUCCGACAAAAAACCAUUUCACUGCGAAAUAUGUGGAAAAUCUUUUGUGGAUAUUUCAAAACUUGUUACUCACAGACGUCUUCACAGCGGAGAAGAAACAUACUGCUGUGAUAUAUGUGGAAAAUCUUUCGUGGAUAUUUCAAAACUCGUUAAUCACAGAUGUCUUCACAGCAGAAAAGAAACAUACUGCUGUGAUAUAUGUGGAAAAUCUUUCGUGGAUAUUUCAAAACUUGUUAAUCAUAGACGUCUUCACAGAGGAGAAGAAACAUACUGCUGUGAUAUAUGCGGAAAAUCAUUCAUUAGCAAUUCUCGUUUUGUGGGUCACCAGCGGAAACACACGGGUGAAAACCCCUUUCACUGCAAAAUCUGUGGUAAAUAUUUCAUUAAUAAUUCCCAUCUUGUUGCUCACAGAACAGUCCACACUGGCGAAAAACCAUUCCACUGUGAAAUCUGCGGGAAAUAUUUCUCCUGCAAGAGUAAUUUAAGAAGACACAAUAUUAUACACUCUGGGAAAAAGAAAUUCAAAUGUGAAAUCUGCGGAAAUGCUUUUUAUUAUAAAUCUCUUCUUGUUGGUCACGAGAAAGUUCAUACUGGAGAUAAACCCUCUCAUUGCGAUAUAUGUGGAAAAUAUUUCUAUUCUAGCAGUAAUUUGAGAAGGCAUAAAAUUAUACACACUGAGAAGAAAGAAUUCCACUGCGAAAUAUGCGGAAAAUCUUAUUUUAAUAAUUGCGAUUUAAAAAGACACAAACGAAUUCACGAUGGUGAAAAAACGUUCCACUGUGAAAUUUGCGGAAAAUCUUUCUUCGAUAAUUCUAACCUUAUUGUCCACAUCCGGAGUCACACCGGGGAAAGGCCGUAUCAUUGUGACACAUGCGAUAAAUCAUUUAUCUGUAAAAGUCAUUUGAAUUGUCACAAACGAACACAUACCACAAGGACAAUAUCACUGAGAUGAUUUUCGUUGGAAUGAUUUCGGAUCUUUUCGGUUUGAACGGCAGUUUUUUUCUAGCGGUGUCAUAUGAAAUUGUCACCCAUAAUUAUAACCCUAGUAUUGAUCUAUUGCACUUCAAUCUGUUUUAGGGUUAGGGGUG